UCGCUUGUCAGCUGCGUCGAACCAGAGAGUGUACUCAUGGUGGUACUCGCUAUCGCACCUAGCGGUUUCUGAUAGCUGUUGUAGCGGUUGUGCUACUUGUCGUACUUUCUCUGGCCGCACACGCAGUGUUAAGUGUUGACGGAGGUGUUGCCCACCGCUGACGUUACUAGGCUUUCGCCUAAAGCUCUCUUGUGACCGUGACGGAGGGUCCGUAGCGUCACUCCUUGUUUUGUGAAGACGCGCAUGGCGGUUCCCGACGAUGUUGUCUUGGCAGUAUGGGCACCGUUCGGCGCUGCUUGCCUGCUGUGCCUCUGCGUGUCCUGGGUGUACCUGUGGCGGCUGAGCCUUCGCCGAGAGCGGGAGCCCCUUGUCCUGGCAUGUGGCACAAUCUCCCUGGCCGCCAGCCUGGCAGCAGCCGCACUGGUGCCAGCAGACGUCUCCCUCGUGUCCGCCAUGAAAGGGGACGACGGCACCUUCCAGCCGUGGGCGGCCAAUGAGUCCUACCGAAAGGCAUUGCAGUCGCAAGUCCAGCUUGCCUACUUUGUGCUGUAUGGACUGCUGGUGUUGCUGGCCUUCGUGGUGCUGCCCUUCGCCUACUUCUUCUCGGAGGAGAAGGAUGACACCAUCGACAGGGGAGCCUGCUCGCGGGCUGUGUCGGCACUGAAGUACACCGUCCUCUUCCUGUUGGUGGCUGGUGUACUGCUCACUAUUGGGGCAGUAAUUCCAUUGAGGCAGGCUCCUCCGAGCAACAGCACGGAGUGGGACAAGAUCCGUUUUCUGGUGGAUGAACUGGCAGCCAGCCGCGGUGAGGACUCCCUGAGGUUCCUGCUGUCACUGUUUGUGCUGGUUGGCAUGUUCCUGCUCAUUGUCUACACGGGCUUUGGGAUGUCUGCCCUGCCCCUACGUCUGGUACUGGGCGAGCGUAGCGCGGCGACUGAGGUGGCGGACGUCGGCGAGCGGCGGCGUGCCCUUCGCACCCAGCUGGACUCGCUGGCACGACACGGAGGUGGUGCUGAUCGACAACGCACGGUCCGCCUUGAGGAGCAGCUGCACAACCUGGACGAACGUCAGCGUCGCCUGGAGGAGUUCCGUGGAAGCUGCUCCUAUCGGCUGCGCUUCCUCAUCAGGCCCCUACAGAUCCUGUUGGGAGUGGUGUUUGUCCUGCUGGGCUUGCUACUGUGGACAUCACUUCUGCUCUCCAAUGUGGACAAAGCAAUGCACUCCCUGGGCUUUCGAAUGGGCUACCUGCUGGACCACCCUGAGCUUCCGAAUCCGCUGGACCUGUCACUCGUGUGGCUGCAGCGCUGGGGUGCCUCAAUUCUGGACUCGGCGCUCAUACUGGCUCUGCUGCUGUUGUUGAUUGCCUGCUCCACAUACGGCUUGCAGCGCGUCGGCAUCUGGUGCCUCUUUCUUCAGAUGUACCGUCUACGGAUGGGUCGAGCGCGGCCACAGGCGGUUCUGCUCCUCUGCAUGGCACUGGUGUUUGUGGCGCUGGCACUCAACGUGCUGCUGCACUCGGCCUGCCCGCAGUAUGCCACCUAUGGGUCACAACGUUACCAGGGUGUUAACGGCACACAGCCUUGCGACUCGCAAGCACUUCCAGAUGAUUGUGUGAUGAGCCGCGGAAGUGCCAUGCUGGAGGGAUUCUUUUUCAAGGCGUGGAUCUUUGGCGCCGCUUUCUACUGGGCCACCUGGCUCUUCCUGGGGAGCACGGUGGUCUCCUUCCUUGUGCUGAUGGUGCGUGGCCGGCAGUCAUCAGUGGAGGUCGACACCGAUGAAUUUGAGGACGACGACGAUGAUCCCCUCAUUCGUGCCUGAAUGAUGCGAAGUACCGCUAGUCGAGCUACCACCAUGCGCUAUCAUCACGUUCCGAGUCCGCCCCUGUGAGAGAUCAGUCCCUUUUCGGUGUCUGCUGUUUUCCUUUGCUCCCUCAUCUCUCAGUGAAAGGCAUCCUUUACUAGAUUUGGCUAAUGAACACACAGCCAAAUAUGCAUAUUUAAUCGCAAUCUAGUGUAUUGCUUAAGGCCACUACAACAAAGUGUCACUUUAGCUAAAUUGGUUAUAAAUGAGUGUUGUGUACUAUCAAAGCAUUCUUAGCAAAGCUGCAGGGGCCGACAUUUGUUUAGCUUUCUUAUUAGCAGGCCUUUAAAUAGCACUUAACAAUGUGGUGGUGCUAAAGCAGAUGUGCCGUAAAUACCAGCAUGUCGCCUUACCCGAGAUUUUUUCAGCACGGUGCAGGCAGCCACAAGUGCUGCCUAAUCUCACAGGUCACGCCGAGGAACUGCGCUGGUUUUGAGUGUUCUAUGUCAUGCAUCACGUCUGGCGAGCGGCAGUGACUGUGCUUUUUAAAAACAUAAUUUCUGUCAGUUUUGGUGCCAGAAAUGUAUAUUUCAUUGUUUUUUAACUUUUCGUUACCAUCUAUUUGUAUUUGAAAUUAAGAUAUUGCACGGCAACUGCUCCAUAGCUGCACUAUCUCAAACUAAGCUUUUUGUGCGGUCCAAAGUUUUGUAGCAGUUGGUGUUAAAGUAUUCUUUUAUGGGCUCGGGAAAGAGCCCGCUAUGUGUUAGCCAGGCACAUGCAAUCGAAAGAUCUUAAGGAGUAUAAAUAUGUUUUAGAGAAGGCCUGGUACUUGAGAACUUUGUGACCCUAUCUAUAGCGUGGUGGUCUACAGUCUCACUGGCGCUGCGGUCGUUCAGUGAGCAAUUGCAUUCUGAGGUUGAGAAGCACCUCAUGCUGUUGCUUCACUAAAAGCCAGCUUGCGGUUUUCUGCUGCUACUAAUCAUCGACAUGACUGGGUUGUAGUGUCACGGUUUAUAUUCUCUUAUGAAAGCAUUGGAAUGAGUGUGUGCGUGCAUGUGUUUUGUGAGAUAAAUUUGUGUGCAAACGAGUUUGAAGGCAGAAUUGUGCAGAAGAGCAUGAAAUACUACAGCACAUAUCUUCCACUUUUUGUAACUGCUGAAAAACACCUUUAUAGAAAAGGCUUUUUCUUCGUUUCUUGCAGUUUCAUUAAGUCUGUUAAAGGUUAUAUGAAAUUACUUGUACACAUUGUAGUUAAGAACCAAUGUUUUUUAUUUGAAAUAGGUUGAUCCUAAUAGCACGAAGGGGUUAGUCCAUGUGUGAGAGCAAGCCAAAGUAUGCAGCUGACGGUGACGGUGUUUGUGAAAGUGUUCCAUUGUCUUUACCGUGGCAAGCGUUUCUUACGAACUUCUUCUGUGGUACGCUGAUGUCAAUUUGUUGACCAUCAAGUUCGUUACUUGUACUGGCUCCAGGAACAAUGGAAAUAGACCAGUGCAGUGCAGUGGCGAACAUUACCGAGCACUCUGCUUACUUCUUCUCUUUGAUGUGCUUCUCAGUCGGUCGAGCAAGAGAUAAUCAUUCUUAACUAUGUAUCAGUUACAUUGCUUUGGCACUUUGUGAGUAAUGGAACUGCAUGCACAUAUGGCCAUUCCCAGAAUACCAGUAAGGUAGGCCUAAGCAGCACCGCUGGCCCAAAGGGGUCGGCAACAAUAAAAUCAGGAAUGCAUGCAGUCGAACCUCAUUAUAACGAAGUAGCAUCUAAAACAAAAAUAAAGUCAUUAUAAGCUAUAUUACUUGCAUGAGUACAUAUUGGCUGCAUAUGGUAAUAUUGGUGAAAAACAUCUUAGUUUUACUUCGUAUAUUAUGUUUGAUAAUUUGUUAUAUUCGUGUUCAUUACUUCGAGUUUUGACUGUGGUGGCUGGCUCUCUUCUUUUCCUCCAAAAAAGAAGAUGCCACUAUGAGCGCUAUGGCUGCCACCCACAUGUUCACUGCUGUGGUAUUCAGCAAAGUGCAAUAUGUGUACAAACAGGCCCGAACCCUAUGAUGUCUCAGUGCAGCAUACACCUGUGACAGUAAUUUCAUGUGAUGUGACAUACAUUGAUGGCAAAUUUGACUGGGCUUUUUAGAGCACUCCAGCAGUGCUUCAAAGACUAUUAACCCUUUCGCUGUCGGACCUUUCUGGCCGUGACGCACCCCCAGUGUCGGCUUGGUUUCAGGGAACGAGCAUAACAGGGAAUGAACAUGGCAAUUUAUUUUUGAUUAUGAUUGGUAUACAAAUAACGUAGUCAAUGCUAUAUGGACAUUUCAGUGUUCUGCAGCAGCUGUUAGUAAACGUUAUCAUCAUCAUCAGCCUGACUAUAAAAUCCGUUCAACAUCCGAAUCUGACGAUGCGGAACCCUCUUCCUCGCAUGCGACUCUGUCCGAGCCCGAAUCCGAGCUUGGCUCGUAUUCUAAAUCGGAAUUGAACCACCGCACCAAUGAGCAGACGAAGGUCCCGCGCGCUCAGCCAUCCGAAAGUAACCGCGCGCUGGGAGGAUGCGCUUUCAGUCGCCCGCACAACGGAGAGAAAUGGGACGUUGCGUGAUCAAGAAAACAGAGGGAGAUGGAAAAAGGCUAAACAAAGUUCGAAGGGCUUUACGUUUACUGCCGCAAGUCGGAAGCGAGGGUUCGGCGAGAGAGCGAAAGCAGCAAUCGAGUCACUCUUUUCGGAAAGGCAACGGCACGUGCGCCUGAACUUGACGCGGCGUAGCCGACACACCAACAGAAGAAAAAUAAAAACCUUCAAACCAGCGGAGAUGGCAGAACAACCCUUGAACUCAUAACCACACGCGCGCAACGCAUGAUCCAGCGAACGCGGCGCCACUGCGCCACUCAGCAAGGAGAAAGUGGGGAGUGGCAGUCGCACCGUACCCUUCAGUACAUGGGUUAACACAGGUCGCGGAGAAUAUACGAACUUGUAGAAAGAGUCAACAGAUGGCGUGGCCAAUUCAGGAGCGCCAGCUUUGCGCUCAGGCGCGAAAUUUUGAACGCACGAUAGACAACGUACCGGUACGUCAGUGACACCGUGGGGGGGAAGCGCGAUGACAUACCGGUACGUCCGUGACAGCGAAAGGGUUAAAACAGCAGCAGAGCUCUAGUGUGGCCAGAAGUGGGCUCCAGUAGUGUUAAUGAAGCUAGGUUAUCGCUACUAUACCCAAGUAUUGUGGUAGUAAAGCUUUAGACUCAAUCUAAAUUAUUUUUUGUUGCAUAUAGGGUGCUCCAAGAUGUACAGUCGAAUGUCCAGAACUGCUGUUGCAAACCAAGAUAGCCUGUUUCUUCCUUUAGUUGCUGACAGUACCCAAAUGUGCUACGAGUGAUUCAUGCUUGACAUUACGUGUUUUUGAAACUCAAAGAAAACUGUACAUACCAUACUAUACUAUACUACACUAUACUAUACUCUGUGUGUUGACUGUACAGUGCUGAAGGAACAGUGUUCUUAGUUUGCUUGUUCUUGCCCUUCCACACUGCUUAAUUUUGGAAUGGAGUGCAAAUUAAAAUAAAUAAAAGUUAGAUAUCUCCCCCUG